UGCCAAACGAAUUUUACACGAAUCUCAUAAAGUAGCAACAAUUAGCAAAGCCUUAAUACACGAUCACACAGAACGUAAAAGCAGCAAUGUAGGAUGAACCACCUGUCCCUCGUUUGUCUCGAAAAUUCGAAGAACCUUCAUCUAUUUUUAUUCCCUUCUUCCUUCCUUCUUAACACACCGAUCAUAACAUUUUCCGAGAGAGAAAGCUCAAGAGAAGGAAACAAUGGCGGACCGUUUCUUCCCCAAUGAAAUGCCCGAUUACAUCCCAGAAUCUUCAAUCAUCACUUCUUCAACUCUUGAAACAGGAGAUUCUCUCAAAAAACUCCUCCAUCUUCCCUACAAAUCUGUCUGCGAAAUUCUCAAGAAUUCAGCUUUGCAACUCAAAGAUGCUGUGGUGAGAGAAACGUGGGCGAAGAGUGGGAAACGUGUGCAAGAUUAUUCGCUUUAUACUGGUGCAUUGGGAACAGCGUUUUUGCUGUUUAAAGCUUAUCAAGUGACUAAUAAUAAGGGUGAUCUUGCUUUGUCUUCUCAAAUUAUUCAGGCUUGUGAUUCUGCUUCCCGUGGUUCCAAAAAUGUUACUUUUAUAUGUGGACGGUCUGGUGUCUGUGCUCUUGGUGCUGUUGUUGCAAAACACGCUGGUGACGAAAAAUUAUUGAAUCACUAUGUCACGGAGUUCAAACAGAUAAAGCUUCCUGCUGAUCUUCCAUAUGAACUGCUUUAUGGAAAAACUGGUUUUCUGUGGUCGUGCUCCUUCCUAAAGAAGCAUAUUGGAGAAGACACCAUAUCUUAUUCCACUAUGAGGGAAAUUGUUUCAGACAUCAUGAAAGCGGGUAAAAAAUUGGGGAAGGGGAGAUGUCCACUGAUGUACGAGUGGCAUGGAAAAAAGUACUGGGGUGCUGCCCAUGGCCUAGCUGGAAUCUUGCACGUCUUGAUGAGUAUGGAGCUGACACUAGAUGAGCAAGAAGAUAUAAAAUCUGUGCUACGCUAUAUGAUUAGAGGACGUUUCCCUGGUGGGAACUAUCCUUCAAGUGAAGGAAGUGAAUCAGAUCGUCUUGUCCAUUGGUGCCAUGGUGCUCCUGGGUUAGCCCUUACCCUAGCAAAAGCAUAUGAGGUUUUUGGAGAUAAAGAACUGCUACAAGCUGCUGUAGAUGCUGCAGAAGUAGUGUGGAACCGAGGUCUACUUAAAAGAGUUGGGAUUUGCCAUGGUAUCAGCGGGAACACCUACGUAUUCCUUGCCCUUUAUCGUCUAACCGGCAAUGCUGAGUAUUUGUAUAGAGCCAAAGCAUUUGCUAGUUUUCUGCAUGAUAGAGCUCGAAGGCUCAUCGCAGAGGGUUUAUGCAUGGAGGUGACCGCCCUUAUUCACUGUUUGAAGGGCUUGGAGGAAUGGCUUAUCUGUUCUUGGAUAUGAAUGAACCAGCUGAAGCAAGGUUCCCUGCUUAUGAGCUGUAGAUUCUUUUCCAAGGAAAGGGUAUGUAUUAUGUAUAUGCGCUGUAUUUUUGUAGAAAAUACUCAACCAUAGAAAAAACUUCGCAAGAAAGAAGAAACGGCUGAAGCUUUACUAAUGUAGAUUUUAUACGACACCACAGUUUGUAAGUAACAUAAAAAGAGCCAGUGAUUUUACUAUGACGGUUAGUACUAUGUAUAUCUGGCUUCUCUGGCAAUAAUCUAAUAAUGGUAUUUUUGAUAA